AUGAGUUCUUCCAAUCUUCACUCGAGAAACUCGAUCAGUUCAUCGUACAACACUGCGAACUCGUUCCACACUGCGAACUCUGUGAACGGGGAUGCGGUGUCUUCGGAACUCGGUUCAAAUCCAGUAGAGAAAAGUUCUGUUCCCGAUGCCGACGCACGUUCUAGCUCGUCCACUUUAGAGCAAGCGAGCGCCAGCUCUGCCUACGCCAGAAAGCCUACAGAGUACGCUCCAACUCCCGAAGAUGAGGAGUAUAACAUUGGCCAAGACGACUCCGACGCUCGCCGAGAGUCUAACCCUGACAUGUCUAGACAGCUCUCCAGAGUCUUGACUAACGCCAAGUCUAUCGAUGAGAGCGUUAGAAGACAGGAGGAAAUGGGAAUCCCAAUCCCUCCAAUGGGUAACGGUAGAGACUACCCACCUAUGUUACCAGACAAGGAACCCUACGUUGUUUCGUUUGACGGUGAAAAAGAUCCUUACCAUCCUCACAACUGGCCUUUGAAGACUAGAGUUAUCCAGUGUGCCAUCAUUGGUGCCAACACCUUCUGUAUUGCUUUUGGUUCUGCCAUUUUCUCUGCUGCCGUGCCUGCUGUUUCCAAAAUAUACCAUGUUGCCGAGGUUGUCUCCACUUUGAGUAUCACUCUCUAUGUUUUUGGUUUUGCUACCGGUCCUGUUAUUUGGGCUCCACUGUCUGAAUUGUACGGUAGACGUCCAGUGCUUAUUAUUUCAUCGUUUACAUUCGCCGUUUUCAACUUUGCCAUUGCAUGUUCCGACAGAUUGGAAUCGAUCUUAAUUUGUCGGUUUUUUGCCGGUUGUUUGGGUGCUGCGCCGAUGGUGGUGGUUCCAGCUGCCUUUGCAGACAUGUUUGGUAACAGAAGCAGAGGUACUGCCAUUGUUCUGUUUGCUAUUGCCGUGUUUGUGGGUCCUAUGCUUGCACCAUUCAUUGGUGCUUUCACUGUGGCCAACGAGAGUUUGGGCUGGAGAUGGACUGAGUUUAUCACCGCCAUCAUCUCUUCUGCAACUUUCGUUCUUAUUAUCCUGUUCCAAAAGGAGACCCACCACCCUAUUUUGUUGGUCGAGAAGGCAAGAGAGAUCAAGAGACGUACUAAGAACUGGGGAAUCCACGCUCCUCACGAUGAGUUCCAGCUCAGUGUCAAGGAAAUUGCUGAGAAUAACCUUACUAGACCCCUGAGAAUGCUUUUUACCGAGCCAAUCAUCUUAUUUGUGUCCAUCUACAACGCUUUCAUCUACGGAAUGUUGUAUCUCUUCUUGACCGCCUACCCGUUGGUGUUCCAAUCUGGAUACGGAAUGGCUCCAGGUGUUGCUGAGCUACCUUACUUCGGUAUGGUUAUCGGUGAGAUCAUUGGGGGUAUCUACUGUAUUUAUCAGGAGAAGUCAUAUGUCAGACAAUUGGAGGCAAAUAAUGGUAAGAUCGUUCCUGAGGCCAGAUUGGGACCUAUCAUCGUUGGUGGUAUUGCCUUCCCAAUUGGUAUUCUGUGGUUCACAUGGACAGGAAACUACCACAACACUGUUCAUUGGAUUGUUCCAACGAUUUCUGGUCUUUUCACCGGAUUUGGUCUGCUUGCUAUUUUCAUCCCAAGUAUCAACUACAUCAUUGAUUGCUAUUUGAUCUUUGCUGCUUCGGCAAUGGCUGGCAACACGUUCCUCAGAUCUGCGUUCGGUGCUGUUUUCCCGCUAUUUGCCAGCUUCAUGUUCAAGAAUAUGGGAACUAACUGGGCAGGAUUGCUUUUGGGAGUUUUCGCUAUCAUUUUGAUUGGAUGUCCAGUGGCUUUCAAGCUCUAUGGUAAGAAGCUCAGACAGAAGUCCAAGUUUGCAUUUGACCUUUAA